AUGGAUGCGCUCCUCGAUCCAGCUAUCUUCACUAGUGACUUCUCCGAAGCAUCUUCAACUAACACACCUACCCCCAAGAAUCCAGCAACUACCAACAAACCCAUCCCCAAAGCAAGAAUGCCAGCCGCAAAAGCAGCGAAGAAGAACAAGAAUGAGAAGGAGGACAAGACCCCACCUCACUCAUGGACGCACGACCAGAAGGCACAACUCUUGGAAGGAAUUGCUGAUUGCAUCAGCAAAGGUUUGGCAACCGAUAACGGAAAUCUAAACAAAAUCGGCUGGACGACUCUCAUGGACCGCAUCAACACCCGUUUCGAGCUCAGUCUUAACCGCGACCAAGUUAAAAACGCAAAAAACAAGCUUCGGGACACUUACGUCGACUACAAGUUCUUGCGCGAUCAAAGCGGCUUUGGAUGGGACCCCGAGAAGCAAAUUCCGACUGCUGAUAAGGCCACCUGGGAUGAGCUCAUCAAAUCUCAUCCACGCCGAGGAUUCGGAAAGCUGCAGGAUAAACCUUUUCCUUUGUACGAUCUGGCUCACCAAGUCUUCAGUGGGACUUUUGCUACUGGAGACAUGGCUGAAGAAGAGGAUGUACCCAAUCUCAAUGAUACUCCAGUCGCUGAAAUUACCCCUGUAAACCGUGCAAAGCGCAAUUCGACCUCUAAGACCACCAAACGAGCUGCAAUGAUAAUCGAUCCAGACAAUAGUGACAUUGAUGUUGAUGAUCCGGAAACCUCAGCCCCCCCAGCUAAGCGAACUCGAGAGGGAAAGAACGACGCAAUCAAAUCAAGCCUGGGCGGAAUCUCGAGUGCGAUCGACAGGCUCACUGAUUUGAAGGAGAAGGAAGCCUCAAAGGCCACCGAGAAGUUGAAUUCGGAGACUGUCUCUGAGAAAGCACUUGAGCAAUGUGCGUCUAUGUUUUCGGAGAAGGUAACUGACGACACCUACAUUGGGUAUAUCAAAGUCCUUGAAAACGAAAACAAGGCCCGGACUUUCUCGACUUUAGCUCGUACUUGA